AUGAUCUUGGCCAGGAUUAGCAUUCAUCAGAGCAUAGUAGCAACUCCCUUGCACGCUGUUGCCGAAUCCAAUAUCGCGCUCGCUCAUCUGAACUUUGACUUUUCGUUGCUCCAACCCCUGGGAAAGCAACUGUCCAAGUCCCGGCGACAAUCCGCGGAAGAUGGCUCAUUUCAUAUCCUCGCCAGGCGACUGGGUGUUUUAUUCGAUGAUGCAUACGGAACCCGUGCCAGCGAGAUUGUCCAGGAAACAAGCAAACGACUACAAAACCCGAAAGAUAUUGUCAAUGGAUUUUUCGGUUCCCACCUAGGUAUCGACUCCACUACUAUUUGGGCCAUGCUUCGCAUCCAUCUCCUUGCCUGCAUGUUAGCUCGCAUCUGGUCUCCCCAAGAGGCCACGGCCAUCUGGUCCGAACUGGUCACUCAUCGCCAAGCGGUCAUUAGAAGUCAAACUCAAUCCCAUGAGAUAUUGGCUGCCGCCCAUGAGAUUGACGGGGCGUCGCUAGGAAGCUGGGAUGCCAUCACCGAUCAGGCCCAGAAGAAAGAGCAGAUUCAAGUGCAGUUGAUUUCUGAAGCAGCUUCAGAUCAUGCCUCGUCACCAAAGCCCAAUUGCUAUGACAGUGUGCUUUUUAAUCUCAAUCGCGCAUUGACUACAUUGGAAAGGUUAAUCAAAGGAGAGCCCCAGAGGAUAACAGAUGGAGGUAUUCUCCUUGGCCUGACCUCGUGGCAUCUCUACCCCGACCUUGUUAUACGCCAGAAAGACCACUUGGUCAAAGAGGGCGGGAUUUCUUUGCCACUAUCAAGCCUUCGAUACUACGGCACGGUUCAACGAGAAAGGUCCACAAUGCAUGAUUCACGAAUCUCGGUGGAGCAGCUGCAAGCACUAAUGUUGGGUGCUUCUUUGGGCUCGUCUGAGGAUUCAGUUACUGCUGCUAAAAUUAUUCGGUCGCUAUGGAAGCUCUUUCACCAUAUAUACCAAGUCAGACUCGGCCAACUUGCGGACAACAUCCCAGAGCCCCCGGAAGACCUAUCCAGAUUUGAUGUAGUGGAUCUUAUAGAAGAUACUUCAGAGUCGCUCAGGGACUUGAUGAAAUUAUUGCAGCUUCUCUUUCCACUCAGGGACGGCAUAGACCUGCUUCUCUCGGAUGAUUUUAACGCGAGAAAUACCGCAACACAACUUAUGCGAUACGGCAUCAACUACGGCAAAUCGGGGAUUGGAAACAAAAGCAAUUCAAAAUCUGCCUUCUUUGGGUUGGCGAACCUCCAGGCUCUGCUUAGUACGAUCAGAUAUCCAGGUGCGCGGGUUCGAAUCCUCCGCAAAUUAUGCGGCCAGUAUCAGCUCACAUCGUCUGACUAUGUUAUCCGCUUCCGAGCCAGGGAUAACUCAUGGGUCUAUGCAGCAAUCGCUGAGGAACAUAAUGAGACCGUUCAUGGAGGUAUGAAAAGAAAGCGCGAUGAGUAUGAAUUAUUGGACAUGGAAUCUUUUCGGCGGAUUGAAAUUCCACCAGCGGAGAACUGGAUUUGCAUUGCUACCUCGGCGGCAUCAUGGGGCCAUGGUCCACAGUCUUCCACAUCCGGUGUAUAUGGCGACAUCUUUGCAGAAUUAUUGGAAGAGGACCUCCAGGUUGGUCAGGCCAUUCUAUUCGAAUUUGUCUUUGGAGACCACAACCUUGCGGCCGUUUACAGAAGGAAAACCAGUCAGUCCCAACCCCGGAAUGGGACAUUCUCGAGUACAGUUCCACUCGCAAUGGUUCAUACCCUCUUGGAGAAGAACCUUUUGAGACUUGGCAAGGUUGCAGAGUGUCUUUUAGACCACUUUGGAUCGGUUCAGCCGCUUCAUGGAGAUUCCCUCCUCGCCCUUGGGCGCGUGGUAGACUAUUACAAGUGCAACCUACCCCAGGCUACUGUAUCAAUGAGUAUGAUCAAGAGCCCGGUGAGCUCAUGGACUUGGGUACAGUCAAUGGUUCAUGAACUUGAUCUUUCUGGCCCACUCGCCGAGCAGCAGGCUCGCGAAGGAAACCUCCCGGAAACCAUUUAUUUCAGUCCUUUGUCCAGGGAGCAUGCGUUUGCAGCAAUCCUCCAGCUCGAGUCGGGUACAAUCAGUGUGGAUACGCCGGACCUUGGCGCUGUACUUGCUAUACCAACCGGCAACUCUCUUUUCAUCGCCGACCAACUCGUACACGAUCCAACCUAUCCAGGAGGGGUUUCGUCAUGCGCUGUUUCUCAUGUUGUCGGAAAUCAUGACCUUGAGCGGUGGCGCUUUGUCAAUCAUCAUCCAUUUGAUGGAAGCCCGAUCGGCGGCAUGUUUGACGGUACCUCUCUCCAUUUGUCGUUUACCGGAUGGGAAGGGCCUGUUAGCCUGAGCUCGUCGAGUUUCCGAAGCAUGGAGGCCUACUAUCUGGAGACAACAGUCGCAGUCAAUGACGGUGGGGAGUGGGUGGGUGAUAUCGAUAUCCUAAAGGGGUUGAGAGAUGCCCAGAUGUUAGUUCAUCCUCUUUCAGACAGUGCGUGCCCACAUGAUCCUAGCUUCACAGCCGCGGGGGCAGCAAUGACUACCAUUGAUUGUUGGGAGGAGAUCCUUGAUCCUCCAAAAGGAGUUCUCGUGCUCCGCUCAACACCAGCCACGCCUGGUGGAUUCCGAAACUGGCAGUGGAUGGUCCGAUUGGCCGCGGUCAGCAUGGCAUCUUUGAGAAACUACCAAUGCAUCUGCAUACCUUUGGACAGGAUUGUUUGUUGGAGUUGCGUGGUGAGCAGACUUGGUGUCGACCGGGACAGAAUGCUUGUGGUUUAUUGAGUAGAGAUGGGGAGGAUGCCGAUAUUUGUAGGAGUUCACCACGUCUAUGUAGGGAUUACCCUUAAGAUUAAGUAAUUCAGUGGACAUCUGCGCAUAUAUAAUGGGGC